AUGCUGGACGCGUUUCCUAAGGAUUUCUCGUCGUUUUCGUCGAUGCAACCGACCCACACCCAACUCAGCGAGAUGACGGACACAAGGAUGGAAGCGAUUCUGUUGAAAUUGGAGGAAUCCCAUCGUCAACAUCAAGUCACCUUGUUGCAAGUCCUGCAGAUCGUCCAAAAUUUGCAACAAGGCUCUCUGAGUUCAGGAGCGCCGUCACGACAUGCAAACCCAAAGCACAGCGACCCGUCGCCGCACGUCACCUCUUCGAACCUCACGAAGUCUUCUGGACGCCAUUCUGUGAAGAAGAGGUCCCUCCCUACAUCUUCUGCUUCGUUGACACCGGGCAUGCCCAGAGGCAUCCCCAGCAUGCUGGAAAUGGAUAGCGCGGUGCUGCGAGAGCUCGGCGCACUGUACGAUUCGCAGCAGAUUUAUGACACACAAGGGAGUCCAAGCAUUCAUACCCUGGGUUCAGCGGAUGGGAUGGCCAUUGUCCCAAUGCCGCGGCCCAAACACUUCCUCAGCGAGGACGAUUCGCCCAAUUUACCCAACAUGAUACAGGAAGACCGGCGACAUCUGGGAAUCCCACAGCGGAAUCGUGGAUCUCAAAUGCACUCCAUCAGCAAGAGUGCACAGGCCAUGAUUUUGGAGUCGCAUUCCGAUUUGUCACCCGCGCUCGCGCCCGAAGAAGACCACCCCCCGUCAUCACCAAGUUCAAGGCUGAUCACGAACUAUCCCAAGCUCUUGUACUUGCUGAUUUUCUUCCCCGCAUUUUGCCACAUUUUCCUGGUGGUGGCCUUUGGCAUGCUCUAUCCAGCGGCACCCAUUGCAGCCGUCAACGCCUUCACACUGGCUUCCCUGAUGCUCUAUGGUUUGCUGGCCACUACCUGCGUCUUCCUUUUGGGCAAUGCGUUAAGGUCCAAUGACUUACACCUGGCUACAGCGCGGCUACAUGUCUUUGUGUCGGACUUCAAGCUGCGGUGGAACGAAAUGUCAGGAAAGGAGUGGAGGAAAUACACUGUGGCCUGGUGUAUCAUGCUGCUUCUCUUCACCGCAACGCAAUGCACGGAAACGUAUUUGGCUGUAUCAGAGGAUGUGACGACAGAGAUCAGAGUUUUCAAGCAUGUGAUUCAGGUGUUCUCCAUCAUCAGUUUCACCGUUUCCAGUGCUGUGGUGCUGCUAUCGGCAUAUCUGCAGAGUCAUUUGCUGAUUGGACUGGACAAGAGCUUGGAUUGCUGGUGCUGUCAGAUUGUGGAGCAUUUGAACUUCCCCCGCGGCGUCGAAACCUGGAACGCCAUGCAAGCGCUGCUGAAAUGCGUGGGACGAGAACUGGCCAUCAGUUUUCUGGCGAUGCAGUUCAUGGCAUCCAUCGGCUUCAUGUACUUCCUGGUGAGUGGAGUGACGAUGGCGUUCCGCACGGGCAUAGAGGUUGCACCUUUCCUGGUUGAAAGCCUGUCCUCUCUGCCCUUGCCUUUCCUUCUGCUGGUUAGCAUGCGCGUGACGGCUCAUGGAGCUGACUUGACUGAGAAGUGUCGGGCCAUGCCGGCUUUUGUGAAUCAGAUUCCGACCCACAUCUUGAUCGACCUGGAUCGUCAAUACCUGGUGCACUUCAUUGCCGACAGCUCGGCAGGCUUUACCGUGCGAGAUGUGAAACUCACACGGGAGGUCUUUCUGAAGCAGGUCUACAUCUUCGUCGCCAUGGUUUCAGGUGCCAAAGGCAAAGAGGGUCAUUUAUCUGCGAAGGACCCUCCCAACACAGAUUUGUGGCCCUUUUCAGCACCAGAGAUGCGCAGCACCCCAACACGUAUGGGACAGAGCCGACUGAGCAGACGCAUAUGUCCCUGGUUGGCACUGGAGUCCAACCCGGAAGUCUUCACGGAGUUUGGGCAGAAGAUCGGCUUACCCCGCAGCUGGUCCUUCUGCGACGUCUUGGGCCUCGACGAUGAGCUGCUGGAGCUGGUGCCUCCCUCCGUCGCCUGCAUCCUGCUGUUCCCGUGCUCGGAGCGUAUCUAUGCUGCAAGGCGUGUGCAAGAUGCGGCACUGCGGAAUGGCAAGAGUCAUAUGAGCGCAUCUGUGGCAACUGAACCCGACCUCUUCUUUUUGAAGCAGGUCAUUGGCUUUGGCAAUGCGUGUGGCACCAUCGCAUGUUUGCAUGCCAUUUCCAACUGCCGGGCCUGGCUAUCGCUGGAUGGACCCUUGGAGACGUUCGUCUCGUCCCAUGAGUCUAGCAGUCCAGAGCUGCGUGGCGAGGCAUUGCUGCGCGACAGCACCCUGAGGGCCUCCUCCGACCUUUGCGCCGCUUCGGACCUGGCGCAGACGGUGCUGCCGGAGCGCGAGGGGCCGCCCUUGGACCACCACUUCGCGGCCUUCGUACGCUCCAGGCAGAACCGUGUCAUCGAAUUGGACGGCACCAAGCGCUGCCCCAUCGACCACGGCCCCACCAGUGCGGGUCACUUUCUGUACGAUGUAGCGGCCGCAGUACGACGACACUUCUUUGAGGUUGAGCCGGACUCUACGGAAUUCUCCUUCCUAGCGCUUUCACAAGUAUGAAGUGUGUGCCGUG